UGUGGAAGACCUCAGGGCCCUCUCUGGGAAGAAAUUCUUGUUGGAUCUUCAUCUCCCGGAGCUGCUGGUUUUCCCUCCGCACACAGACUUCCAUGACAAUCUGCUGUAUACUUCAGGACACAUCAUUCUGCAGGACAAGGCCAGCUGCCUCCCAGCCUUCCUCCUCAGCCCUGCUGCUGGCUCCCAUGUCAUUGAUGCCUGCGCUGCGCCUGGGAACAAGACCAGCCACCUGGCAGCCAUCCUGAAGAACAAGGGCCAGAUCUUUGCCUUUGACGUGGACCCCAAGCGCCUGGCCACCAUGAACACCAUGCUGAUGCGCGCUGGCGUCACCGGCUUCCAGCUGGCCCAGCAGGACUUCCUGACGGUGGAUCCUGGAGACCCCAAGUACAGCAAGGUGACCUACAUCCUCCUCGACCCGUCCUGCAGUGGCUCAGGUAACUCAGGGGGCUUUGACCACCCACCCCUGG